AUGACUGUAAUUAAGAUGGUAAAAGAGUUGUGUCAUCGAUGCUCCAAACCUGUCUAUCCAACAGAUAAGGUAGGACCGCUCAAAGAUUCCACCUAUUUUCAUCAGGGAUGCUUCAAAUGUUACAUUUGCGGUACAAGACUUGCACUUAAAACUUAUUGCAACAACCGAAAUGAUACUGAUGAUCAGGAAAUCUAUUGCAACAAUCAUGUGCCCGUGGCAGGGCCGCACGAUCUUCCCCCGAACCGUUCUGGUCAGCAAAAUGGUAACGGUUCGGUAACUAGUGGUGGUUUUCGCCGUGACGCCGGCUUGGAGGACAUGAAAAUCGCACAUGCUAUCAAAGCAACCCAAGUUUCGAAACCCUAUCCCAAAAUAAUACAUGAGGGAGCCAAAUAUGUGGUUGAUUACGAUGCACAAACACGUCUUGAACUGAUCCAUCGUCGUGAUGAGGAUAAACUUUACGAAGCAUUUGAUGAGAACAAGAAACGUGAAUACGAUCGCUUCGAAAAGGAAACAAAGGAGGAAUGGGAACAAGCGUUAGCUGAUUUUGCUCGAAAAUUUGAGAAGGGUCAGGUUGGUAACAAAAACAAAGAAGAAUUGAUACGACAUUUGACGAUUAAAAGAGAUAAGAAGUUAGAAACGCUUCACAUGCAAAGGAAAGAGCGAGAGCGAUUGCAAACUGCAGAGUUAGUUGACCGACAAGCAAAAGAAAUGCUCGAACUGUUCAAGCAGGCUAGAGUGGAUUGCUCUUCCGAUGAUGCAAACGGAAGUGGUCCGCCAUCGUAUCCAACUACGCCACCGCCACCAAUGCCCCCGAUGUGUAGUAAACGGGAUGUUUACACAAGCACCUCCGUAUUCGAAUCAAUUGAUCAAAUUGCCAUUUCAAUGGCGCAGUCUGAAGUAACAACUUUCACCGAACUUAUUCGCGCACUCACAACCAAUGCUAGAUCAGAUGUUGAUAAAGCCAGAGCUAUUUAUCGUUGGAUUACCGUAAAGAAUCUGAACGUUAUGCAGUUCGAUAACGAUUUAGAUAGCAACACACCCAUGGGCCUUCUGAGAGGGAUCAAAUAUGGAACAGAAAGUUAUCAUGUUCUCUUCAAGCGACUUUGCAGCUAUGCGGGUUUGCACUGCGUCGUUAUAAAAGGCUUCAGUAAAUCUGCUGGGUAUCAGCCUGGCUUCCGCUUUGAUGAUAAUCGCUUUCGGAACACAUGGAAUGCGGUAUUUUUGGAUGGCUCAUGGAGAUUUGUUCAGUGUAAUUGGGGAGCUCGUCAUCUUGUUAAUGCGAAAGAAGGUUCAAGGUCAGCAUCAAAGAGCGAUAGCUUACGGUACGAAUACGACGAUCAUUAUUUCAUGACUGAUCCUGAGGAAUUUAUUUACGAAUUCUUCCCUCAACAGAAUGAAUGGCAGCUUCUACAAAGACCUAUCACGUUGCGCCAGUUUGAGUCAAAACCUUUCGUACGAUCCUUGUUCUUUCGAUAUGGUCUCAGCUUUACAGAUCCCAACUUACAAGCAGUUAUAUUGGCUGACAAAUCUGGUGCAGCAACAAUUUCAAUAAAUAUGUGUAAUGAAGCGUUGGAUUCGUUAAUCUUCCACUACAAUUUGAAAUUUUAUGAUGGUGACGAUUCGGAACUGAAUGGCUAUAGUCUGAAACGAUUCGUUAUGCAGUCAGUUGUGGGUGAUGCUGCUGUAUUUCGGGUUCAUUGCCCUUCCACCCGUCCACUUCUCCUCGAUAUUUUCGCAAAUACUGUGUCGCCGGGACACUAUCUCACCGGGCAACCGAUCAAAUUCAAGAGUGUUUGCAAAUUCAAGAUUGUAUGUGAGCAACUGAAUGUGAUUAUGGUGCCGUUGCCAGAAUGUGCAAGCGGUGAAUGGGGUCCUGCGAAGGCGUAUCGUUUAUUUGGCCUUAUUCCUCUUAGCCAUGAAGAUGCUAUCAUCAACAGUGAUCGAUAUUUGGAAAUCAAGUUCAGAAUGAUAAAACCGUUGGCUGAAUUCGUUGUUUCCUUACACAAGAAUCGUGUUGAUGAUCGAUCAUUGCAACGCUAUUGUCAUACAUCUAUACGUAAUGAUAUAGUCACCAUUCAGAUUGACUUUUAUGAAGAUGGACAAUAUGGUCUUGAUAUUUAUACCAGAGAGCCAUCAUCACGUUCUACGGUUGAUAUUGGUAAACAGUUACUGACACACUGUUGCAAAUAUUUAAUAAAUGCACGUAUGUAG